AUGACAAGCAAGAGAUUCCCCAAGAAUUCAGAUGAUUAAGCAUCGUAUUAAACUACCUAAGCUGACGCAUAUGACUUGGAGGGAAAGCAUAUUACCUUUGAUUCAUCUGGGAGCAAUUCACUCAAUACAAUGCCCAAUCAUUAAUUCGAAAAUAAUCCCUAUAAUAAUAAUAAUAGAAAUAUCAAGACUCACAUACAGCAGUAACCCUCGAAUGGAUUUGUUAGUGGGAUCCUAAACAUAUUUUGCGGAUGUUGCAAUCAAAGUUCAGUUCAAAUAACUCCUGAAACUAUAGGAUUUUAGAAUUCUGGUCUAAUUCUUAAGAAAAAUAGAGAUAGAGGCUCCAAUAAAAAGAUUGGAAAGAACACCUUCCGCCUUGAUCCUUCCUUUGAUACUUAUGAUGACGAUUCAGACAUUAAUAAAUAGGUUUCUAACUCCAGCAAGAUAAAUUUUGAAGAAGAUUCAACUGACAUUUUGUAAAAGGUUAUUGAAGGAUUAGAUGAGAUCGGGCAAUCAUUUUUAAAUAAUCAACUUAGCUUAUUCAACUAUCAUUCUAUGAUAGAAUGGCAGUCAAGGAUUUUAUCGGACUUAAGCUCUUUAAAAUAGUAAAAACAAAAAUCUCAAUAAUAAACUAAACGCAAGAGAGACCCAAAAUCUUGGUCUAUUUUAGAGGAUGAGUUUAUUGAAAAGGCUUAUAAAUAGUACGGAUCUAACUGGGCUAAAAUUUCAUGCGAGUUAGAUUCUGGGAAGGAUGCACAAGCAUGCAGGAAAAGGAUAUCCUAUUUAGAAUGUAUAGGCGGUUCAAAAUUAUGUCACAAGGGAGCCACUGAGUUUGAAACUAACCAAAAGAUACUAGACCUUGUCAAAGUGCAUGGUAAAUAUUGGAAAAUUAUUCAGAAGUAAAUCCCAAACCUAACUACAAAAUAGAUUCGUGAUCGAUAUAACAACAUCAAAAAUACCAUUAAAUAAGUCCAGAAAUUUACUAAUGCUGAUGAUAAAAAGUUAAUAGAGAGACAUGAACUAUAUAGUAAAAGAAAAGAUAUAAAUGUGUGGAAGGAAAUUGCUAAAGGUUUUAAUGGCAAAAAUGCUGCAGCUUUAAAAGAAAGAUACUUUGAGCUGUAAGGCCAGACUUCAUUCAAUACCAAGGAAACUUCUGAUAUAUCUUCUAUUCCAAAAUCAAUUGAUGGGCGAUUGUCUACUACUAAGUAAAAUCCUUCUUAGUCUAUUUAACUUGAUUAAGAUCCUGAUUAAUCAAAAGAUUCCAAACAAUAAGUAAUAAUUCAUAGUAAUACAGAUUGUUUUAAAACUUUUCCGGCUAAUGGAUAUCAGGGCUAGUUUAAGUUUAUCUAAGUUCCAUAACUCAAGUCUCCCUAAAAUAUUUAGAUGCGCCUGAAGCUCACACCUGCUGAUAACUUCAAUUAUGACACAAAUCUUAAUAAUAGCUGCAUUCAAAGCCAAGAAGACUACCAAUAUGAAAAUGAAUACCAAGCAAAUAGGAAAAAGUACCCAGCUGUGAGUCUUGGAAGUGAUUAAUAUAGAAAUUUCGGCCAUGCUGGAAACGUUAGUGAUUAAUACAUGAAAUAAACAAGCAUAUACGGUAGCAGUUCAGGAAGUCACAGCUUUGUUAAGAAUAUAAAUGAUAAAGACUCAGUUUUUAGAAGAGGCUCACUAUUUUCUUAGGGUCCAAUUUCUAAGUAAUCAAGAUUCUCUGAGCACUCUAUCAUGAACAGACAAGGAAGCAACUCUAUAUAUGGAGGUAGCAUGGUACGUGGUAUGACUGUUUUGCCAGAGGAGGACGUUUAAUCUAUAAGCACACACCUUAGUAGAAUGUCUUUGGCUUAAAAAUCGAAUGUGACAAUGGAGAAUGAGGCGGAUAUUUGA